GGUUUCAACGACCACGCAAUUAGUAGUAAUCGAUGGCAGCUUAAUCUGGAAGGAGGAGAUCAAACGAUGUUCGUUUUAUUUAUUGGACUAUUCGUGGCCAUACACGGACUGAAAACAGGUGACGAAUGUACGACCCCUAAUGGCAUGCCCGGGAUUUGCAAAGGGGUGCGGGAAUGUGAGUCUGCUAUCAAACAAAUAAAGCAGAUGAUUGUACCGCCCCUCUGUGACAAAGUUAACCUGAUAGUUUGCUGCGAAGAGCAGAAACUGCAAAUGGUUAUGGCUCCAAAAAUAGACAGUACGAGGAAUCGUAAAAUGUUAACACCAGUCUAUAAGGAGACCUGCGAAUCGCUGUCAUCUAACAUAACUCUGCCGAUGAGAAAAUCGCUACAAAAGUGUCUGGAGUAUCAGGAUAUGUUGGUAUACCCGUGUCAGUAUAGUCUGACGCCGAACGCGGGGAAAGUUCGCGCGCAGAACUGCAACUGGAAGCCGGAGAGUUUGAUCAUUGGAGGAACGGAUUCUUAUCAAGGGGAAUUCCCGCACAUGGCUCAUCUCGGAUAUGGAAAGAAUAACGUCCAGUAUAAAUGCGCGGGAGUAUUGAUCAGUGAUCGAUUCGUUCUGACAGCUGGACAUUGCACACACAGCAGACUCAGCGGUGCAGUGACAAAAGUACGAAUUGGUUUUUUGAGACAAUCAGAAGAGAUCACCGAGUUGACCGAGUACAGUGUCAAGGAGAUUUACAAACAUCCAAGCUACAAUCCAACUAGGGUUUAUGAUGACAUUGCUCUCAUUGAGACGGACAGAAGUAUGCAUCUGAGCCAAUUCGCUGUACCAGCGUGCCUCCAUGAUGGCAGUCCCAUUAAUGAUACCGAAGUCUUCGCUACCGGAUGGGGUACUACUCAGUUUAAGCGAGAUACUAAUCCUGAUACACUACAGAAAGUGACUCUCGAAAAGUUCACUAACGAAGAAUGCCGAGCGCAGAGCGAAAUCCAUGCGAUCCGCAACAUGCCGAGCGGAUAUGACCCUACGAAACAAAUAUGUUAUGGACAUAGAUACAUGAGCAGAGAUUCUUGUCAGGGCGACAGUGGGGGUCCAAUCCAAAUAAAACACCCGGAGAUAAAAUGCAUGUAUUUGAUAAAUGGUAUCAUAAGUAGUGGAAAAUGGUGCGGUAUUCCUGGAUCACCAGGUUUCUAUACCAGGGUAUCGAACUAUAUAGAUUGGAUUGAGUCUGUCGUAUGGCCAUAGUUUCGGAAAUUUCGGAAAACUUUAGACAAUUCAUAAUUUUUAAUAUAUAAUUCAGAAAUUGAAGUUAAUUUAAGUGAUUUUACUAAUGAUUACUUGCUUGUCUUUAACAUUGUCAUUAUAAGUUGUAAGAAAUAAAUGCUUUAAGUUAAGUCAAGUUUGAAUUAAGUUAUUCUUAAAGUA